CCCUCUUGAACUACAUAUCCCAAAAUGCACUUGUCGUUUCACAAAAAAUAGGUUCAAGGUACAGUAUUUUCAUGACCAGAGAGCAAAUUUGCUGUUUGACAAUUUAGUGAAUUUGUAAACGUCUUCAGUCGCAAUUUGUGAAGUUAAUCUGCAACAGAGUGCAUUUGGUCGUCGAGAGACAUUUGUGCGUCGGUGUCAUUACAGAGCAAACGCUUACAACAGAAAAAAACACAACAACACUUUCGCCAGGCACCUUUGGAACAUCAGUAUGGCAGAGCCACAGAGGGUGGGAGAGUUGCCCGAGGAUGUAGACACAGAUGACUGCAUGACUUCAUACACUCACAUUUACAGUCCAGAUUUACUUAAAGACCAAGUGGCGUUCAUAACUGGAGGGGGAACUGGAAUUGGACUGCGCAUAGCUGAAGUGCUCAUGAGGCACGGCUGUGACACAGUGAUUGCCAGCAGAAACUUGGAAAAGCUGACAGAGGCUGCUAAGAAGCUGAUGGCAGCGACGGGACGCCACUGUCUCCCUCUGACCGUUGACGUGCGACAGCCCCAGACCAUCUCCGCUGCAGUGGACGAGACGCUGAAAGAGCUGGGCAGGAUUGAUAUCCUCAUUAAUAAUGCUGCUGGAAACUUCUUGUGCCCUGCAACCUCCCUCUCCUUCAAUGCCUUCAAGACAGUCCUGGAGAUAGACACCAUGGGUACAUUUAACACCAGCAAGGUGGUCUAUGAGAAGUGGUUCAAGGACCAUGGGGGUGCCAUUGUAAACAUCUCUGCCACCCUUGGCUACAGGGGUCAGGCUCUCCAGGUGCAUGCUGGCUCUGCCAAGGCUGCCAACGAUGCCAUGACCAAGCACCUGGCUGUUGAGUGGGGACCAAGUGGGGUAAGGGUUAACACCCUGGCACCAGGUCCUAUUUCUGGGACAGAGGGCUUCCGUAGACUGGGUGGCAACAGAGCAGACAGCAUGGGCGCCUUCUCAUCCAUUCCGCUGCAGCGGGCAGGCAACAAGACUGAGAUGGCCCACAGCGUGCUGUUCCUGGCCAGCCGCGCCUCCUCCUAUGUGACGGGCCACAUUAUGGUGGCUGACGGCGGGAGCUGGCUCACCUCAGCCAAUGACGUGUCCUUGCUGCUCGGUAUUGCUUCCUCUCAAUCUGCUAAACUCUGACACGGCCCCUCUCGCUGUCCCAGGCUAUUGGUCAGCUGAACUGAAGAGAGACAAGUAGAUGGUGAAGAUGAAGAUGAAGUGGCAGAUUUGGAAUAAUCUGCAAAAUAUAAAUCAAUGGAUUUGCCAUGUACGAUCUUUGAGACUGGAAAGCUACCAUAGUUUAUAGUGGUUAAGUGGACAGUAGGAGGUAAACACAAAAAUAUUGACAGAAUUUUUUUUACCUAAAAAGAACAUCACAGCCACAUGUUGAAAACGGGAUAGAUUGGCCAAAUCAUGUUUCAAGCGUUGGAUAAUGAGUUAAUCCACACCAUUUAAAAAAAUUCUAACUACAAUAACUACUUUGGAUUAAGAAUCAAUAUGUUGAUGAACGUGAUUAGUAAAAUCGGCUUCUGUAGUUGUUGAAUCAUGUAGGCUAGUUGUUGAAAUUACAUUGUAAAGCACUUACAAUUUCCAUACACAAUGUCCAGAACUUUUCCUAAUAAACCUUGACAUAAUGACAUUUUAAAAA